AUGGCUGGCCAUCAAAGAUCAGCAAGCUGGCCGUCUAUGGCUCAUCCCAACAAGAUCAAAAUUGACGAAGCUCUGCACAGCAUAAGUUCAGUCAUUUCUUCGCCAUCUGCCACCAUUGAAAUGGUAUGCAAAGGGCUGAGGAGGCUUGGAGAUAUCUACAGCUGCAUCAGCGAGAUCAUAUGUUUGCAUCGCGGCCAAGUACAUAGAAUGAGGCUGGAGGAAGAAAUGGAGAGGUCGCUUGAGGUGCUGGAUCUCUGCAAUACCAUGCAAGAGAGCUUCACUGACUUGAAGAUGACCAUCCUGGACCUGCAAAUGGUUCUCAAUAGAGGAAACCUUGCAGUAGUUCGAGUUAAGGCUCAAUCCUACAUUCGCUUGGUGAAGAAGGCUAAGCAUCACCUGAAGAAGGCCAUCAACAAGACUACCUCCUCCGAGGAUGGAUGGUUGGUCAGUUUACUGACCACAGCAAGAGGGAUCACUGUCUCGGCCCUCAAAUCUGCAGUGGAGCUCUUGUCGAAGCAAAUGGCCACCUGCAAUGCAAGCAAGUGGUCUCUUAUCUCCAAAUCAUCCCAAAAGAGAAUAGUUUUGUGCGAGGAGGUGCAAUGGCAGGCACUGGAGUUGGACAUUGUAGGCCUGGAGAGUUCAGUUGAGAAUCUGUUCAGAAGUUUGAUUCAAACCAGGGUUUCUCUUCUGAACACUCUCAGCUCGUAG